UUCUUCAGGCAGCAGCAGGACCAAAGAAGGUUCAGCAGGUCAUUGCCUGGCUUGUGUUGCUGAUGUUUUCAUCAUGAAAUCGUCGUCUUCCUCGUCGGUCUUACGGAGAUGACAAAGUGACGAUGACCGAACAUAAUUAAACGCCUUCCUGCUGUUGAAGAGAUAGCGAUCUUGAUAUUUGGGAUUCCCGCACAGUGCGUGUGCAGCGUUCUCCACAUGAUCCUAUGCUGAGCACACCGUUCUCAUUGGAUAACAAACAUGAGGAUCUAAGCAUUAUUUUGUGGGUCUCUCUCCGUCCAGAAUCCUCAACAGUGCAAUACUGUUGAUCAUAAGACCCACAGCCAUUGAAAAACCACCAUGCCAAUAACCUCACUUGGCCUCCAGUAUUCUUUAAGAACCAUCACUCAUAUCUACUAUGCAGGAGUCAACACCUGCAUGCCUUCCCAAGCAUGAAUCACCUCCAGGAGAAGUCAUUCAACAGCUGGAAUGAAUCCGACGACCUCGACGUGUUCGAGGCGACGCGGUACUUCUCCGGUGCAAUCGAUGGCACGGGCCUGCAGGUAGGUGGAUUUGGCUCCCAUGGAGCUGUGACGGUUGAAGAUAGGAUGCCAAGCAGCGUGCAGAAGGGAAACUUAGAUGAGAGACUAAUAAGCAGCAGUUCCUCGCUGAUGAAAGACAAGAAGUGCAAGCAGCCCAGCUCUCCCGGUGCUAGGUUAGUCGGCCUACUCAACUCUUUCCUCCAUCAAGCGGCUUCCGGGAGGAAGCUCAAGUGUUUGAACCCCACCUCGACGACCAGAGAGCCACCGGAGGAGGGGGAUGCGAAGGAGGAGAAUAGCCUUGGGGGGAGAGAGAGAAGAAGAAGCAUCAGCCGUUCCCAAAGCACCAACAGCACUGGUUCCAAAUCCAGCAAGUUCUGUGGCAGCAGCAGCUUUACGAAUCCAGACUUGUAUCCAUACAAUUACCGUACUACUCCAUCGAUCAGUUACAAGUGCAACAGGGGCCAAAAAUCUGUCACCUUCUGCCCACGAAUUGAGGCAUGGAGAAGCACAAGCAUCACCGAGCUGCUGCACAACAGUGGAGUACAAAAGGAAAAGGAUUACGGACUCCACGGAAUUAGAACCGAGGAGAGAGAUGCGCAUGACAGGGAGAACAAAAAAUGGGUACUGAACGACCCCGGCGAUCAGUAUCCGGGAAGAGAUUGGUUCGGGGAUUAUGAUCUUCCAUUGCCAGGGGUAAGAAAGAACUCGAUCAGAGGGGAAGAAGAAGAGGAGGAGGAGGUGUCUGACUCCAGCUCCGAUCUGUUCGAGCUGAAUAUCUGUGAUCAUGCUGUCCUCUCGGACGGCUUGCCCGUCUUCGCAACUACAGACAUCGAAGUCAUCAACAGAGCAAGUACUGCAUCUUAGUUAGCCAUCUUGUUUCUCUCUCCCUCAUCUCUCCAACUCCUCUUCUCUGUAGAUUUGGUGUGAGACAUGUUGGAGUGGCUGGAGCUUUUGAUGUGAAGCAAUGGUGUUCCUUUCAAUGUUCACUACUUUUUGUUUA